CUGAUAGGAAUAAUGGCCGCCUUCGUAGCAAUGGCUGGAACGGGGAACAACAUAAGAGGCAUACCGGAGCGUUUUAGCUGACCAGGAAUAGCGUAAAUUACCGGGCACCCCCUUCUACCCGGUUUUCAGAACGGAUGGGUAGAGGGGGUUUUGCCAAAGGACAAAAGAAACGAAAGAGACUCGGAGGGAAGGGGAAGAAAGCUAACGCUGCCUUAAUAGCUAUCGCAGGCUGGCUAGUUGUCACUGCCGGGGAAGAAACCUGAGGAGCCGCGACAUCUGUGCGUCGGGACGGUUCAAGAAAACGCUGAUUAAACGCUGGAGCGUGAGAUCAAACAUCUGGCUUAGCGCUAAUAUGAGCGGACCGGGACAGGAUAGUGAGCCAGAGGCCAAAGUCCUUCUCAUCAAGCGGCUCUACAGGGCUGUGGUGGAGACUGUGCACAAGUUGGAUGUCAUCAUAGGCAGCAAAUCGUCCUACAGAGAAGUCUUCAAGCCGGAGAACAUCAGCCUUCGCAACAAGCUGCGAGAGCUUUGUGUGAAACUGAUGUUUCUGCACCCGGUGGACUACGGCCGCAAGGCCGAGGAGCUGCUCUGGAGGAAGGUUUACUAUGAGGUCAUUCAGGUUAUCAAGACCAACAAGAAGCACAUCCACAGUCGCAGUGCUCUGGAGUGCGCCUACAGAACACACCUGAUAGCCGGCGUGGGUUUCUACCAACACCUGCUGCUCUACAUCCAGUCACAUUACCAGCUGGAGCUGCAGGACUGCAUUGACUGGACCCAUGUCACAGAUCCACUGAUAGGCCGAAAGAAACCAGUGUCAGCCACCCCCAAGGAGAUGGAGUGGGCGCAGAUGGCGUGUCAUCGCUGUCUGGUCUACCUUGGAGAUCUAGCGCGCUACCAGAACGAGCUCGCAGGAGUGGAGGCUGAACAGCUGGCAGAGAGGUUUUACCAUCAGGCGCUGUCGGUUAUGCCACACGUAGGAAUGCCUUUUAACCAACUGGGCACACUGGCAGGGAGCAAGUUCUACAAUGUCGAAGCCACUUACUACUACCUACGCUGCAUCCAAUCGGACGCCCCCUUUGAAGGCGCCUACGGCAACCUGAAGCGCCUGUUUGACAAAGCUGCCAAGAUGUAUCACCAAGUGAAGAAACAAGAAAUGAAGAAGCUGUCUCCCUCCCGACAAAGAUCGAAAGACAUUAAACGUCUCCUGGUGAGCUUCAUGUACCUGCAGAGCCUGCUGCAGCCCAAGAACAGUCUGAUGGAAACAGAGCUGACUUCACUCUGCCAGUCGGUGCUGGAAGACUUCAACCUGGUGCUGUUCUACCUGCCGCCACCAACACACGGCGGUGCUCAUCACACCCCCAGUGAGGAAGAGGAGGAGCAGCACAGUGACGGCACCUAUCCUGUACUGCCCGACAACCUAAUCUUCAAAAUGGUGGUCACGUGUCUGAUGGUGGUGCACAGCCUCAAGAGAGGAGGUUCAAAGCAGUACAGUGCAUCUAUAGCCUUCACUCUGGCUCUGUUCUCCCACCUCGUAAACCACGUCAACAUCCGGCUGCAGGCUGAACUGGAAGAAGCGGAGGGUCAGGUGCCUCCACUUCAGACUGAUGCUGCAGAUGACCUGGACAUGAGGGAGUUGUCAGCUGCACCGACGGAUCACUCUGGUGAAAGGCCUUUGCAGAAUGGUUCCCUGGAGCAAGAGGAUGAGGAGGACAAGGAUGAAGAUGGCUGUGAAAGGGUCACAGUCCAGAAGCACGGCAGCGUAGAAGAACAGCGCAAGCUGAACGAAGAGAAGCAGAGGCAGAAGAAGAAGUACAGCCGCCUUUCUCGACUCCGCCGUCGCCGCUGCGCUCGCAAAGACGGCCACAGGGAGGAUGAAAGCGACCUGAGUGAAGGCUUUGAGAGUGAAGAAGAUGAAGACGAUGAUGAAGGAAGAAGGAGCCGUGCUGAUUCAACAGGUGGGACCGUGACAGAAACACCGGUCAAUUCUUCAUCUGUGAAAAAGGAGACUAAGCGAGACCCCAUGGGUGAGGAGGGCAGCUGGGGAAGUGGCUCAGAGGAAGAGGAGGAGGAAGAGGGAGGAACAGCAUUUGAUGUAGAAACCGAUUCAGACAUGAACAGCCAAGAGUCCCGCUCAGACCUGGAAGACAUGGAGGACACAGAAAACUCAGAGGGUCAUCCCCGGGAGCACCAGGACGACGACGAAGAGGAGGACCAACCAAAGGAGGGAGGAGGGGAGAAGGAUGGCGACACCCCUCCAACCACCAACGGGCCCCUCAUGUCCGGCGACUCCAGCAUUAGCAGCAACCUGCAGGCCAUGUCUUCUCAGCUCUUCCAGGCUAAGCGUUGCUUCCGCCUGGCACCAACCUUCAGUAACAUGCUUUUGAGGCCUCAUGCCGCAUCUUCCUCGAGUAUUCCCACCCCUACCGACAGCUCGGCUCCCCCCUCCCAAGAGACUCCUCCUCCUCCUGGAGAGUCACCCUGUGAAAUGAAUCCUGGUACUGCCAACGGAACCAGUGAAAACGACUUGGACUCUGACUCAGGCAGUCAGCACAGCGCUCAGUCCGUACACAGUGAAAAAACCCUCUUAGAGAAACUGGAGAUCCUGACCAAUCAGGGCUUAAUCCAGGUUGUUAAGGUCUUUCUUGACUGGCUAAGGACAAAUACAGAUAUUAUCCUUAUGUGUGCUCAGAGUUCUCAAAGCCUGUGGAACCGACUGUCUGUGCUGCUCAACCUGCUGCCAGAUGGCAGCAAGAUGCUCGAGGCUGAGCUCGGUCUCGGUGCUGAGGUGAUGGAGUUGUUAAACGAGUGUGAGCGGCCGGAUUUGGUCCAGAGCCUGCUGCUGCCUGAGGACCUGGCUCUGCGUCACCUGCCUGCUCUCAGUGUAGCCCACCGCCGCCUUGACUUUUCUCGCCGCAACCCCGCCCUCAGCCCCCUGCAGGAGUGUGUGGUACGAGUGUGUUGUAUUCGCAGUUUUGGCCACUUCCUAACAAGUCUCCAAGGCAACGUGCUGCACUUUAACCCGGAGGCGGGCAUCUUCACCAGCAUCAGCCAGUCCAAACAGGAUAAUCUGGUGCAGCAGGCCAAGGCCCAGUUUCGAAUGGCUGAAGAGGAGGCUCGGAGAAAUCGCUUAAUGAGGGACAUGGCACAGCUUCGACUGCAGCUGGAGGUGUCGCAGCUAGAGGGCAGCCUUCAGCAGCCUAAAGCCCAGUCAUCCAUGUCUCCCUACCUGGUGCCAGACGCAGCUGCUCUCUGCCAGCAUCUGAACCUCAUCCGGCAGCUGGCUGGUAGCGGCUGCUUCAUCAUCAUCAUCCCACGAACAGUGAUUGAUGGACUUGACAGGUUGAAGAAGGAAAAUCCUGGCGCGAGGGAUGGAAUCCGCUUCCUGGAGUCUGAAUUUCGCAAAGGCAACAGAUACAUCCGCUGCCAGAAGGAGUCGGGUCGAAGCUUUGAGAGAGAUAAACUGAAGCGGCAGGACAUCGAGGCCUGGCAUCUGUACAAGAUGGUGGAUAGUUGCCGUCAGCUAACGGUCUCCCAGAGCAACGGAGACGAAGAUACCGCCGGUAUGGUGACCAUUCUCACAGGCCACGAAGUGGAAGAGCUUUGCUCUCAGUCAGCAGCGAUGAAGUCGGCGAUCCAGGCGGCGGGCUCGGCGGGCAUGGAGCUGAAGAACAUCGUGGAGUUCUACCGUCAGUGGAAGGAGAUUGGCUGAGAGGACCAAAGGGGGGGCAGCUGUCUGCGCUGCGAACAGCUGAUCGAUCACAACACUCGCUCCCUCUCUCUUUCUCCCACUCUUUUGCUCUGUGUGUAUCUGCGUCUCCAAAGGCAAAAAAACAACUCAAAUGAAAGCUGGAUCGAGGAGUUAAAAAGCUUAGAGGGCUGGAAAAGUAAAUAGCAGAGUAAGAAGAAGAAAAAAAAAAGAGAAA